CAAGAAGAUCAUGUCGUCACGGAUGAUGAAAAAGGGACGGAGACAGACAGACAUUUUCAAACGGCAGCAGCAGCAAAAGUAUGACAAUGGCAGCCCCUGCAGAGGAUCCGGGUGGAGAAGAUGUUUCAGUUGGGAUUUCUGGAAGACAAAGAGAAAAUUCACCUAUGCUACAUCUAGACCUAUAUAACUUUGAAUGCCCUGAAGCAGAAGGGAGUAGGUAUGUGCUUACAAGUCCCCGUUCACUGGAAGCUUGUGCACGCUGCAUGGUAAAACCAGUGGAAUUGCUGGCUCGCAGCUUAUCUGAUUUGGUACGGGAAGCCCCAGGCCGAUCAAUGCGGGUGGCUUCUGGCUUGUGCGAGGUGUAUGAAAUAGAGCGUCAGAGAAAGUUGCAGUUGUGCAGGGAGGAGCGAGAGAGAAUUAUCCGCCAGGAAAAGAGGAGGAUCCUUCCUCUGGUGUUGACUAGUGGCCUGGGAUCUCCAACAUCCUCAAAGGGGCCCUCCAGGGCUGAACCUUCAGCUUCCAUACGUUCUCACGUGAAUGAAAAUUCUGAAUCAAUAGACCUUAAAAGUAACAAUCCUCUUCCAUCCUGUCGCACACAGAAAACUAAUCAUCCACACUCCAAGGAUGUUGAGAGGAGUGAUAGUCCAUUAUAUAGGGACUCAAAAAAAUCCCACCAGUCUGUUUCUAGGAGGCCCAAAAAGACUGACACUCCACUCACACGUGAUUCUCCAGCUUUCAAGGAACCAUCAACUGCUGUUUCACCAAAGAAAAAGAGCCAUUCACUGGACUCCCUUCAGAAGAUGAAGGAUGGAGCAUCUACCAAAACAUCCUCCGGGUCUGCAACCUCUUCUUACAGUGGAGAAAGUGCUAGAGACAAGUCAGCACACUAUACUGUAAGACCAAAAUCACUUGACAAUGUCAACAACUUGAUGGGUCGAAGUUUCAGCCUUGGUGAUCUGAGUCACUCACCCCAGACAACUAAGAAAGUGGAAAGGAUGGUGAAGGAAGUAAAGAAGAGAGGAGUCCAAGAGCUGCCACAAAGAGACAAGAAGAUAGCAGCACUGAUGAUUGCCAAGCACCAAGAAGAAAACAUACGUAAUGAGCAGCGGUAUUGGGCUCAUUUGCAGUGGGAGACCCAAAGGAGGAAUGCUGAGCAAAGAAAGGAAAAAGAAGACAGAGAAAGACACAGGUCCUUUUUGCAUGGUCACAAGUUGUUAGAGUCUGAAGCAAGAGGUAGAAGAAGUAGGGUGUCUUCAGAGAUGUUAAGUGCUAGCUCAUUGAACCAAAACAAGAAGUUCCAGCAGGAACACAACUUGAAAUCAAAGGAAGAGAACAUGAAGGAAAGCCUAGCACAAGAUGAGGGAGAAUCGAAAGAAAAAAAGAUUACUGAUCUGCCCAAAAAACAAGAGAAGGACCAACUAUUGCAGAAACAAAAGAGCGCACAGAAUAAGGCUGAAAAAAUUAGACACCAUGUGCUCCUGCAGGAACUUGUCAACAAAGAGGAGUAUGAGAAAGAAGGACUUAAGAAAGCUCUAGAAAUGAAUCUGCAGAAAGCCCAGGAGAAUGUGGAGCAGCUUUUUGAGAAGCGACAGAAAGAGCUAAGGGACAGAGCCCAAAGGGAAGAAUUACAAAUUCAGAAGGCCAGAGAGGCAGCAGAGAAAAGAGAGAGGGAGCGCAGAGAACAUCUAAAGGAACUGUCUAAAACUGCCGAGAAGAGGCUGCAGCAUGCAGCUCAAGUGGCUGAAGAAGUGGUUCAGCACAAAGCAAGGAAAGCUGUAGAGAGCAGACUGGAAAAAGAGAAGAUUCAAAGAGAAAACUGGCAAAAAGUACAAAAGAGUGAAAACAUUAAGCGACAGGAGCUAUUGAUGUCGAUAGAGAAAAAACUGGAACGUAGUGAGCAAAUCUUCAGGGAAAAACAGACUGUGAUAGACAAUGCUCGUUCUGUGGCAAGGGCCUCCUUUAAUGUCCGAGAGAAGGUGCGAGCUGAGACUAAAACACGAACAUUUGAUAAAAUGGCUAAAGAGGCCGAACUGUACGCCAGCAUUGACAAUAAAUGAAGUAUCUCAGGGAAUAGAAAGUCCAUUCUCAGUUUGCUACAGAUAGAAGGGUACUGCUUUCUAACUGAAAAUAAUUGUAAUACCUUGUUUCUAAAUAUCUAUUGAAAUGUAAUUUUGCCCAGGGCAACAGAAGGUGCAGUUUUUUUCUCUAAUGCAAUAUUACUGUUAUUUUCAUCUUUCUUACCACAUUACCCUGACACUGUUAGGUGGUGAUAUUUCUUUUCAGACAUUUUUUUUUUUAAAUACAAGGUCCCAAGGACUUAUAAAUACUAGGUGAAAAUGUAAUACUGUCUAAAGUAUAACAGGAGUUUUUUUUUUUCAUUUUCACUACAAUGGAAACACAAAUGUUAUAGCUCAGACAAAGACACAGACUGUGACAUUGACUCCAUUUUAUGUUAGAUAGCAUGGCAUCUGGACAUGUUAUGUGUAUAUAAUACUCAAUUAGAGCACAAGGUAUGCAGCACACAGUUAAGGUGGCAGAAAAUGUAUUUCAAAUGCAAUCAACUGGAUAAAAAUAAA